ACAGCGAUAAUAAUAAAGAUAAUAUAAACAAAUAGUUUUUGUAAUAAUGAGCACGCUUGAGAGCGACGGCUGGCAAGUGGAGGAAACAAUAACGCUAAUCGGCAUAUUGAAAUCACUGAAAGAGUCGAAUGGAGCCGGCAAAAUGUGCAAAUUCGACUGGUUGCAGGUGGCCAACCAAAUGGCCCAAAACGGCGUCAAUCGCAGCAUUUUGGAGCUGCGCGAAAGAUUCAAACAACUACGAAUGGAUUACCGGGAGGCAAAUGUUUGCGAUAGCACCUGUCAGUACUAUAACUACCUGAACGAUCUGCUGGCGGAUGAAUUGUGGCAACAGGAACAGGCUGACGAGCAGGAGGAGGAGGAUGACUUUGAGGCAGAAGAGCAGGAGCAGAAAUAUGCGCAUACGCUGGAGUAUAACGGGGAACCCACAAAUCGCUGCUUGGAUUCAGCUGGCAAGGCACAGUUGCGCUGCAAGUGGGCCGAGGGCGAGGUGGAGGCAUUUCUCGGCAUGAUUACGACGCUGAAGCUGCAGACGCCGCUGCUGCGCAAGCGGAAUGCGAAGGUGUUCAAGCUGCUCUCCAGGGAGAUGGCCAAGCGUCACUUUGCCAAGCGACCCGAUCAGCUGCGUGUCAAAUAUCACCAGCUGCGCCGCCAAUAUGCCAAGGCGCGCAAUGGCGGCGACAGUUUCGAGCACUUUGAGGAGAUGCACGCCCUGCUCAAUGGAACGCUGCAGCAGGCGGAGAGCAGCGGCGCCGAGCUGGAGAGCGAUUCAAAUGAGAGCGGCGAGGAGGAGGGCGAUGCCGCUGCUGCGGGCGGCUUGGACAGCGAAUCUGAAAGUGCCCUGAUCAGUGCAGCAAUACCCUCGAAUGUGCGGGUAAAGUGGGCAGAGGGCGAGGUGGAUGUCUUCCUGGACAUCAUAAGGAGCAUGGGACUGCAGGCGGCGCUGUUGCGCAAGCGCAAUGCCAAAAUCUUCAAGCUGCUCUCCAAGGAAAUGUCAAAGAGAUCCUUUGACAAGGCGCCCGAAAAGCUGCGCAUCAAAUUCCAGCAUCUGAGACGGCAAUACAACAAGGCCAAAGCUGGCGGCGAAACCUUUGAGCACUUUGAGGCCAUGCACCAGCUGCUGAAUCCCGCCAAGAAAUCAAACGCUGAUGCCGAGCUAAACUUUAGCACUGGCACCGAGAGCGACUGCAUCUACAGCGACGAGGAUGAGGCGGAGGCAGCUCAACGCAAUCGCCACCCGGACACGUAUUACUGGACAGAUGACGAAGUGGACGCAUUCCUGGCUAUCAUCAAGCAGCAGAAUCUAUUCCGUGCCCUCGAUGGCUCCAAGAAGCGCAACUUCAAGACGCUGGCCUACAUCUCCAGCCUGCUGGCCAAGCAAUCGUAUCAAAGGACGCCGCAUCAGUUGCGCAACAAGUUGCGCCUGUUGCUCCGUCGCUAUCGGGAGGUCAAAAAGGAUGGGCUGAAGAAUGUGCGAAUGCUGCCGCGCCACUUUGACAUGUUCGACGAUCUGAUGCAGAAGAAGCGCACCACAGCCAAAGCAAAACCAGAUGGCCACAAAUCCCUGCUGAAAACGCCUCAAACGCCUACAAAAUCUGAGCAAGCCGAGCUCGAAAGUGACAGCGAUGCGAGCAGCUCCGGCUUCAGUUGCGAUCUGUUGCGUGCGGCUGGGGAGAGUGAGGACUUUAAGGAUACAUUCGAGUUGGCAGCGGAGCCAACGCCACUGGAGCUCCUCACCAGCAUCAGUGAGGGUCAGAAGCAGCUGCUGGCAACCCUAACCGAUUCCCACGAGAGAUUCCUGCGGCAACAGCGCGAUAUGCAACAACAAUUCCUGCAGCAAAUUUCAAAUAUAAUGCGGCAGGAGCGUGAGGCAACAUUCCGUAUGCUGAGGGAACUGAUACAGCCCAAGUGACUGGGCCUGAAUUAAAUGAAGUUCGCUUUUAAUUAAUUAUAUUAAGCACUGAACGAACACAGAUUCGAAAACUCAUUUCAAGCUUCUAAAACUUUUAUUAAAUUGAAUUUGAAGUUA